UUCUUCAGGAAAGUUCAGCACCAGCCAUCAGCCAUGAAGAUUCUUAAAUACCUCCUGGUCUAUCGAAGGUUCCUGCUCAUUGUCCUCACCCCACUGCUUUUACUUCCACUCCCACUUAUCAUCAAAACCAAAGAAGCAGAAUGUGCAUACACACUGUUUGUAGUUGCCAUCUUUUGGCUUACAGAAGCUUUGCCUCUGGCUGUUUCGGCUUUGCUCCCUGCCUUUAUGUUCCCAUUGUUUGGUAUAAUGGGAUCCAAGGAGGUGGCAUCUGCUUAUUUUAAAGACUUUCAUCUACUGCUGAUGGGAGUGAUUUGUUUGGCAACAUCAAUAGAAAAAUGGAAUUUCCACAAAAGAGUGGCUUUAAAAAUGGUGAUGUUGGUGGGUGUCAACCCUGCAUGGCUUACUCUGGGCUUCAUGGUUAGCUGUGGUUUCUUGUCAAUGUGGCUCAGCAACACUUCAGCUGCUGCCAUGGUGAUGCCAAUUGUGGAGGCUGUAGCUCAGCAGAUCACCCGAGCUGAAGCAGAAGCUGACAUGCUGGAGAUGUCCUGCUCCAACGGCUCCACCAACCUGGCACUGGAGCUAGACGAAAACAUAGGACAAAGUGAAAACAGUGACUGGAAAGGGAAAAGAAAACAAGUGAAUGGGUAUGACAAUGAUAUGGGGAGCACUGUGUGCACAAUUGAAAAGGAAAAUGAAAAAGAAAAGGAACAGCAGAACCUACCACCUGCUGAAACAGGGAGAAAAAGCAGAGAGGACAAAUACAGUGGGAUUUUCAAAGUGAUGUGCUUAUGUAUUGCUUAUUCUGCUACCAUUGGAGGGUUGACAACAAUCACAGGAACAUCGACUAAUUUGAUUUUUGCUGAGCACUUCAAUACACGUUAUCCAGGUUGCCAGUGCAUCAAUUUUGGAUCUUGGUUUGUCUUUUCUAUCCCCAUCGCAGUUGUUAUUCUGCUGUUGUGCUGGGUCUGGCUCCAGUGGCUUUUCCUUGGAUUUGAUUUUAAAAAUAUGUUCAAGUGUGGCAAGAAAAAAACAGCCAGAGAAGAGGCUUCAGCAAAGGUGAUUCAGGAUGAAUACAAGAAGCUUGGACCAAUGAGCUACCCAGAAAUUGUUACAUUUGUCCUGUUCAUCUUAAUGACUUUGCUGUGGUUUACCAGAGAUCCUGGCUUCUUUCCCGGAUGGUCUUCACUUUUCCCAAAAUAUAAAGGCUAUGCUACGGAUUCAACAACCGCCUUAGUGAUUGGCCUCCUCUUCUUUAUUAUUCCAGCAAAAACAUUGACUAAGACUUCGAAUGGAGAAAGCACUGCUUUUGGUUAUGCUCCACUGAUUACUUGGAAGGAAUUUCAGUCAUGCAUGCCCUGGGAAAUCGCUAUUCUUGUUGGUGGCGGGUUUGCAUUGGCAGACGGCUGUGAGGUUUCAAAACUGUCUGCCUGGGUAGCAAAUAAAUUGACCCCUCUAGGAUCAUUACCCCUGUGGCUGGUUAUCCUGAUAUCAUGUCUUAUUGUUACUUCAGUGACAGAAGUGGCCAGCAAUCCAGCCACCAUUACGAUAUUUUUGCCCAUACUGUCUCCUUUGGCUGAAGCCAUUCAUGUGAACCCACUUUUCAUUUUGAUACCUGCCACACUAUGUACUUCCUUUGCAUUUCUCCUUCCUGUAGCAAACCCGGCCAAUGCCAUUGUAUUUUCAUAUGGUCAUUUAACUGUAAUGGACAUGGUGAAAGCUGGUUUGGGUAUUAACAUCAUCGGAGUUGCUGUAGUUAUGCUUGCAAUUAUGACAUGGAUAGUGCCUCUAUUUGAUCUCUAUACUUAUCCGAGUUGGGCACCGAACAUUUCUUUUUCAAAUAGCACCGGGCUGUAAAAAAACAAACAAACAAAAAAACUCCCAACAAUAACAAUAACAAAAACAACAACAAAAACCUGGGAAUUGGCUUGAACUGUUUUUGUUCCUUUUCUUUUCCACUGGCAUGUGGUGAGUCAGUUAAAACGCUUUUUGUCACCACAACAAUAGAGAGCCACAUUAUUGUAAAUGCUGUAUUUCACAGACCAAGAGACCGAUGAUCUCGUCUGAGAGUAUAAUCAAUCAGGAAGAGUGCUAGACUUGUUAAAUAUCGUGAAGUUAUAUCUAGUUGAGCUAUUCUGAAUGUUUAUAACUUCAUGUUAUGAAGUAAACGCUGGCAGUUUGCCCCCAUGCUCAGGGUAGAGAAAUAAUGAGAUUUAGAUUUUAUUAUUUCAUAUAUCUAUCCUUACUAUUAUCUUUGGUGACAUUUGGGUAUUGUCCAAGAGCAUACUGGUUUUGUUUUCUAGAUUCAAAUGCUGUUUGAAAAGGUGUUGAUCAUAAACAAAUGAUAAAAAUAUAACUUUGGGGGUUGAACUGGACAUACAGUUUACAGAAAUGGCAAAUGUGCAAAAAAAUGGAGAAGAGCAGUGUAGCCACUAACAAAGCACUUUAUCUGUUAAGCACCUUGUAAUCUGGAAGGAAAAUAUAUACUUAAGCAUAUAUUUAAAAUCUAUCUCCUUCCAGGAUGUCACUGAAGCAUGUAGCUGUAUAUGUUGUCUAGAAUUUUCCUGGAUAAACAUGACUUGAUAGAUCUGAGUCGAACUAUAUGAAUGGAGACUAAAUGAUCAUUGCAUUUCUCUGCUGAAAGUGGAGACAUAUCCUCUUGAUGAAUAAAAGCACAAGAUAGAGUGCUGAAAAUGCUCAAUCCAUCAAGCAAGACUGUAGCUCAUCUUUUGCCCAGAGAUAUGGUGGAUCCCCUACCCCUGGAGACAUUCAAGGUUAGAUUGGGCAGCGCUCUGAGCACCCUGAUCAAGCCAUAGAUGUCCCUGUUGCAGGGGAGUUGGACUAGAUGGCCUUUAAGGAUCCCCAACUCAAACAACACUGUGAUUCUAUGAUCUUCAUCAGGAGGUGCAUGAUGUCUGCAGGGCAGGUGGUAAUUUAAGUUUUCUAGAGUGUAUUAAGAAAAACGUGUAAUAUAGUCAGAAGAACUUUGCAGUUCAAAGAUAUCUUUGAAUAAUGAUGCUUCAUAUCACUGUUAUACAUUUUUUACAGGAAGGACUAUGUGUCAUUAUUUUUUUCACCUCUUAGGAGGACCCAUGGCAAUUCAUAAAGAUUGUUUAGUUAAUAGCCUGAACCAAAUCUCCAUAUCUCCAUGUAUUGACUUGAGUCAUCCCUUGGGGCACCUCAAUGAUGGAUAUAAACCUUAAUCUGUCUUUUGCAAAUAAUAUAAAUAAUCCAUUUUUACUACAUUUAUUUUUGAUAGUGCAUUUUUAGAAUAGAGAGAUCAGUUAUGACAUCUAUAAGGCCAGAAUACAGUGCAUAGGAUUAACUUUUCUAUAGUUUUCUUCCAUUAGCUACUAGAUUCACUGCAAUGAAUUAUUAGAGUAAGGAAACAUUUUUUCUUAAUGGUAAUAGUUCUACUUACUAAUUGCUAUCUGUACGAGGCACCACACUUUGUCAGCCUGGCUGAGGCUUCAGUCUCUUUAGGAUGGCUACCUUCCUUUCCCUUUUCUUUUUUGUAUUCUUUGUACAGUGCCUAGCAAAAUAGAGCUAUGUCAGUGACUAGACCAAUCAGAAACUGCAACUAAACAAAUGUUAACUGAUCCACUGCAGUAAUGAUUAUGGUUACAGAUAUGCAACACUUGGCUAAAUUAAGCCUCUAACUCAGCAGAUACUAUAGGAGAAUGUGUAUAGACAUAGCUAAUCCAAGACAGAGGUCUUUGUCUGUGCAGAAGGAUGUGCAGCACAGAAACAAGGAGCUCAUGGUUUAUGUAGUCCCUUGAUUCUGCAGGCACAGAGAGGAGAACCAGCUGGGAGAGUGCCCUUACUUAAAGGUUCCAGUUGUGUCAAUAAUUUGCAGGUUAUUCAAGAGCAUUGGAACAAUGCAUCAGACUAUUUCCAGUGGAAGGGACCUCAGACAACCAUCUCAUCCAGUCUCUUCCCCAAAGCAAGAUUAGAACUGAAUUCAGACCAUUUUGUUUAGGGAUUUUUUUUAGUUACAACUUGAAAAGGGAUGGAUAGUGCACAGCUUCCCUGGGUAAUGUCUUCCAGUGCUUUUCCAUCCUUUUGGUGACUUUUGUUUUUCUUUAAACAAAUGAAUAAACAUAUUGUAUUCAUUUUAGUGGAGUAUAUUUAAAUUCCUACUUUUUAUUUGGGAAAGAUUAUUUUCUAUGUGAAAAACUGUUUUUUGUUUUUAAUGAAACAUGAAAAUAGAGGGAAGUCCUCUUUGUGACCUUACAUUUACUACUCUCAUUGAAAAUGGUAUUUUCAGUAUCAGUGGUCUUCUAUGAAAAUAAUUGAUGGUAUUUUAAUCUUGUGACAACUGUUACUCAGUGAGAGGAACUUUGUUAAGUGAUUAUGAGCUGUCCCUAGUUUUAUUAAUGUUCACAACACAGAAUUGACAGUUGCAAAUAUAACAUUGAGGCUCACAGAGAUCCAUGAAUGCACUGCUCAGUGAAAUCAUGUUUUGAUGUCAAUAUUUGCUCUUCAAGUUGAAUAUCUUUAUGGAUGAAAAUAGUCAUUUUGAACUAUUUUCAAAAACCUUGCAGAAUUUGUCAACUCUCUAAGUGACACAGUUGUCAACAUAAACUGAAGCUGGAUAAUUCUCAGCUGUUCCUUUGCUGUACCUAUUGACUUAUUCAGAGGACCAUAGACAAUAUGUUAAGAAAGGCCUAUGUGGGAAUCUGAACUCCCACACAAUGCAGAUCACAGAAUUUCCCCCAUACUGAGUAAUUGUUUUUUCAGAAUCAUACAGAACACUGAAGUAGCUUAGUAAACAAGAAAAUAAGAUUUAAACCAUUUAAUGAAGAACGCACUUUAAAAACUAUUUUCACUACAAUUUGUGUAUGCAGUGAAUAAUAUGCAAAGAGAGAAGGGAGGGAUUUGUAAAGAAAGUUAAAGCUUUUUGUUGCACCAUAUGUGUUUAUAAUUUACCAAAAUUAAAUGCAGAGUUAUACACAAACUGUCAGUGACCAGCAUAUUAGCUGUCACAAUAUGAUAAACUAGUGACAAAAAUGAAAUGAACAAGCAUUAAGUUUAUACAUACUGUAUGCUGUAGGCAGACCAGUCAUGAAUAGAUUAGUUGGCAGUAGUGGAAAGGUAGCAUUUCACUAGGAUUUUUUCUUGUUUUUCCAGAAGUGUAAGGAAGGGGACAAUCUUUGAGCUGAGCUGUCAUUAUUGCUAAUUUAUUUUCAACCUUUUAAGAAUCUGUUUCAGUCAAAAUUAUUAUCUCUGUAGUGCAGAGGUUAAUAUUGAUAGAAAUUCUUCACUGGAGAGUGUUGAGAUGGAGGAACAAGAGAUGCUCGAAAUGCUUGGCUGUCUGGGUAUCCAAUGGGUGGAUUUGGCUCUGAGUGCAGGCACAGAGUGCCGUGCUGGCUGCAAGCAGAAAAGAGGCUCUUUGUUAGUUGCUUUUAGAUUCGCUCCUUGGUCCAGAGUUUGUCAGUGUUGUGGCAAGUGUUAGAAAUUAAUGUAUAAUUAUUUUAAGCAUUGAUUAAUAUAUGAUGACUAUAUCAACUAUUUGUAAAUUUCUUUGCACAAAAUUAUCAUAUUAGAUUAUGUAUUUUUCUAUGUCUUAGAUUAGUCUAAUUAGGCUACUGUAUUAGUAUAUAAGUAAUAUUUAUGAUUUACUAUUUAUUUAUAGUUUCAUUCCUACUAAAUUAAAUGGAGCCUUUGUUAUGUGCUUCAUUAGGGAACUUGUGCCAGAUCUCUGUUCUCUUUUUCUAUAGGUGUGUUAUAUCUAAUAUAGUUUCACUUCACUUUUGGAAGGUGUUUUUUUGUAUCAUUAGCAACCACAGAACAUAUACACUUUGGAAAAAGCUUCUGUACUGUUCUGUUACUAUGCACAUCAGUCAGAUCAAACUUGCAGUGUAAACUCCCUUAUGUACUUUUAAAAUGAAGUAUGUGGGCUUGUUUACUGUAAGGGUCUUGCUAGUUUAAAGACAAACAGCCUAUAGCCUGAGGCCUGGCUGAGGAGCAGUGCAGCUCAGCAGCUCAGGAAAGGUGGAGUGAAAAAAACACCAUAUACCCUGGCUGCUUCUUUCAACUUUUUUAUUAGGCGUAGAUACCAGUUCUCAUACUAAUGUCAACAAUCUAAAGACAGUUGUAUCUUUUGUGAAGUUUGGCAUGACCCAAAGGCUGCUUCCAUGGUCAGUGAUCCCUUACCCUUAGACAAACAGAAAUCCCCUCCUGCUGCCCUUUCCCAUCCCAUGCUAGCAGCCUGCAUUUUGGCGCUAGCUGCCCUAUGGUAACACACUGCUGCCACAGAGCUCCUUCGGGCUGGGGAAGUGCUUCAGUGGUCAGAUCUGCACAGAUUUCACAUUACUGUUCCACUCUUGGUGAUAAAUAAUAAAGUUAUCAGCUUAGUUCUGUGUCUGUGCAAAGUUAAUUUGAUGUUCUCUGUUUUUUAACAAUUGCCAAACUCUUCAUAAGUGCUAUUCCUUAAUACAUUUGCCUUGUGUUCUAGGAAGCUGUUGUAUGUUAGUGUACUUUUGUGAUGUUCAAUUACUGUAUGACAUUUCUUUACAAGAAUGAUUCACUAUUUUUGAAAGAAAUAUUUCCCAAAUGCUGAACAGUCCAUCAUGUGCUUAGUGGUAAAUUAACAGGAUAUGAAACUGCAGUGUAUGAAGGAAGGUUGUCUUGCAAUAAAAGUGCCUGAGAUUUCUUAAA